GAGCACAGCCCCCACUCCUCGCGGGCCCGUCCCGCUGGCGGCCGGACAGACGCGGGGACGCGGGGACGCAAGACGGAAGGACGGGGGAGGCCCGGCGCUGGAAUGCAGUUUUCUUGGGCGAGAGCGACUUUGCACCGGAGUGGAGAAUAGUUUGGGGUGGGGUUUCGCACCGUCCCCUCCUCCUCACCCCCAGGGCCCCUUCCUGGCGCUUUCUGAGAGCUUUCAGAACUGCGCACAGAAGUUUAAAGAGCAGCGAGGAGCCUGCGCCGUAGGCAGGGACAAUGGAAGAAAAUGAAAGCCAGAAAUGUGAGCCAUGUCUUCCUUACUCAGCAGACAGCAGACAGAUGCAGGAACAAGGAAAAAGCAACCUGCAUGUCACAUCGCUAGAAGAUGCAGAAUGUCGCAGAACCAAGGAUCGCCUUUCUAAUGGGAACGGUCGAAUUGCCGUUUCCAGGUCUUCCCGCAACAUCCCACGGAGACACACUCUAGGUGGGCCUCGCAGUUCCAAAGAAAUCCUGGGAAUGCAAACCUCUGAAAUGGAUAGGAAAAGAGAAGCUUUCCUAGAACAUCUGAAACAGAAGUACCCCCAUCAUGCCACUGCGAUCAUGGGACACCAAGAGAGGCUGAGAGACCAGACAAGAAGCCCCAAACUAUCUCACAGUCCUCAACCUCCCAGUCUGGGUGACCCAGUGGAGCAUUUAUCAGAGACAUCUGGUGAUUCAUUGGAAGCCAUGUCUGAGGGAGAAGCUCCAACUCCUUUUUCCAGAGGCAGCCGGACUCGAGCGAGCCUUCCGGUGGUGAGGUCAACCAACCAGACGAAAGAAAGAUCUCUGGGGGUCCUCUAUCUCCAGUACGGAGAUGAAACCAAGCAGCUCAGGAUGCCGAAUGAAAUCACAAGUGCAGAUACAAUCCGUGCUCUCUUCGUAAGUGCCUUUCCACAGCAGCUCACCAUGAAAAUGCUGGAGUCGCCCAGUGUCGCCAUUUACAUCAAAGAUGAAAGCAGAAAUGUCUACUAUGAGUUAAAUGAUGUGAGGAACAUUCAGGACAGAUCGCUUCUCAAAGUAUACAACAAGGAUCCUGCACACGCAUUCAAUCAUACACCGAAAACUGUGAAUGGAGACAUGAGGAUGCAGAGAGAAAUUAUUUAUGCAAGAGGAGAUGGCCCUGGUGCCUCCCGACCAGGAUCCACAGCUCAUCCACCCCAUGCCAUUCCGAAUUCACCCCCGUCCACACCUGUGCCCCAUUCCAUGCCUCCCUCCCCAUCCAGAAUCCCUUAUGGAGGUUCCCGCCCAAUGGUUGUUCCCGGCAAUGCCACCAUCCCCAGAGACAGACUCUCCAGCCUGCCCGUCUCCAGAUCCAUCUCACCAAGUCCAAGCGCCAUUUUAGAAAGAAGAGACGUAAAGCCAGACGAAGACAUGGGUGGCAAGAACAUCGCAAUGUACCGAAAUGAGAGUUUCUACGCGGAUCCUUACCUGUACCAUGAGGGACGGAUGAGCAUUGCCUCCUCCCACGGUGGGCACCCAAUGGACAUCCCCGACCACAUCAUCGCCUACCACCGCACAGCCAUCCGGUCAUCCAGUGCUUACUGCAACCCUUCUUUGCAAACGGAAAUGCACAUGGAGCAGUCCCUGUACAGACAGAAAUCCAGGAAAUACCCAGAUAGCCACUUGCCAACGCUGGGCUCCAAAACACCCCCCACCUCUCCUCACCGAGUCAACGACCUGAGAAUGGUGGAGAUGCAUGCUCACCAUAAUGCCCACGGACCCCCUCACUCCAUGCAGCCAGACCGGGGCUCCCCCAGCCGCCAGACCUUCAAAAAGGAGCCAGGCACCUUGGUGUAUAUUGAAAAGCCACGGACUGCCCCAGGAUUAUCCGGCCUAGUGGACCUCGGCCCUCCUCUAGUUGAGAAACAAGUGUUCGCUUACAGCACUGCUACAAUACCCAAAGACAGAGAGACCAGCGAGAAAAUGAUGAAAACCACAGCCAAUAAGAACCACACAGACAGUGCCGGGAUGCCCCACAUUUCUGGCGGGAAGACUCUCAGCGCCCUGGAGCCCCUGGGACCCCCCAGCCAGUCCCUGUCUGUGGGCACCCCCGCUGUCCACGCCAGCUUGCUCCACAUGCGGCACAGUGUGGCCGAACUCAGGCUCCAGCUCCAGCAGAUGCGACAGCUCCAGCUGCAGAACCAGGAGCUGCUGAGGGCAAUGAUGAAGAAGGCUGAGCUGGAAAUCAGUAGCAAAGUGAUUGAAACGAUGAAGAGACUGGAGGAUCCGGUGCAGCGACAGCGUGUUCUGGUGGAGCAAGAGAGACAGAAGUACCUGCACGAAGAGGAGAGGAUCGUCAAGAAGCUGUGUGAACUGGAAGACUUUGUUGAAGAUUUGAAGAAAGACUCUGCAUCAGCUGGCCGGGUGGUUACCCUAAAAGAUGUGGAAGAUGGGGCUUUUCUCCUGAGGCAAGUGGGAGAGGCGGUAGCUACCCUGAAAGGAGAAUUUCCAACCUUACAAAACAAGAUGCGGGCCAUCCUGCGCAUUGAAGUGGAGGCCGUACGCUUCCUGAAGGAGGAACCGCACCGGCUGGACAGCCUCUUACAGAGAGUGCGGGGCAUGACGGACACCCUGACCACGCUGCGGAGACACGUCACUGACGGGCUCCUGAAAGGAACGGACGCAGCGCAGGCCGCGCAGUAUGUCGCCAUGGAGAAAGCCACGGCCGCGGAAGUCCUGAGGGGCCAGGAGGAGGCAGGCCAGCCCCUCCACGCCGCAGGCGUCCCAGGCGAUGUGAAGUCGGAAGUGGUGCCCUUGACGGUCCAUCACGCCCAGAGCGCGCCGGUGGUCAUCCAGCCCUCCCAGCUCUCCUCCACCCUGCCAAACCAGGCCCAGCACGGCGCUGCAGGUGCCCACCCCGCCAGCCCUCCCGGCAUCACACAGGAAAUGCCCUCCACGCUGGCGCUUCAGUCCCCACAGAGGCCGGUGACCGGCUCUGCCAUGCAGUCCUUGUUCAUUGAGGAAAUCCACAGUGCGAGUGCCAAGCACAGGGCCGUGUCUAUUGAAAAAGCAGAAAGGAAAUGGGAAGAGAAGAGGCAAAAUCUGGAACACUAUAAUGGGAAAGAGUUUGAGAAACUUCUAGAAGAAGCUCAGGCUAAUAUUAUGAAGUCAAUUCCAAAUCUGGAGAUGCCUCCUGCCUCAGGCCCACAGCUGAAGAGUGAGGCUCCCGUGGAGAAGCUGGAACUUUCAGAAGACUCUCCAAGUUCAGAACAGGACUUGGACAAGCUGGGGGGUAAGUCUCCACCUCCUCCUCCCCCACCUCCUCGACGAAGCUACCUGCCAGGAUCGGGACUCACCACCACAAGAUCUGGCGAUGUGGUCUACACCAGCAGGAAGGAGAACACCAUUGCUAAGGCAAGCAGUGAAGAUGCUGGACCAAGCCCACAGGCUAGAACCAUAAAAUGUCCAGCAGAGGAGCCUGCUUCAGCCUGGGCCUCAUCCCCUCCCCCUGUCGUCACCUCCUCAAAGGAUGAGGAUGAAGAAGAAGAAGGAGAGAAAAUAAUGGCAGAACUGCAGGCUUUCCAGAAGUGUUCCUUUAUGGAUGUAAAUUCAAACAGUCACGCUGAGCAGUCCCGGGCUGACAGUCAAGUUAAAGACACUAGGCCGGGGGCCCCAGCCCCACCCAAGGAGAAGAAGAAUUUGGAAUUUUUCCACGAAGACAUACGGAAAUCAGAUGUUGAAUAUGAAAAUGGCCCUGAAAUGGAAUCUCAAAAGGUUGCUGCAGUGGCUCUGACACCUAGUGAUCAUCCUAAGUGGCAAAGAGGAGUGAAGACUAGCAUUUCUGAUGCAUCGAGGUCAUCAGAAUAUAAGAGUGAUAUCCUAAUGAAGGAAAAUUCCAUGGCCAAUAAGAGUUUACUCAGAGACAGCAGAAACUAUUCCCCGAAAAAUGCUCCCAAGGUCAAUUCCAGUUUCUCUGACAUUAGUUCAUUACAUGAUGAAACAAACAAGGGGGCAAAAGUCUCAGGACUGCAGUAUGCUGGAUCUGACACUGAAGUUCAGAAGGUGAAUUAUGUAAAGACAAGAGAGCUGAGUCAACAGGGACAGGGAGAUACAGAUAAGUGUCAGCUUCCCUCGCCCACCAGAUCAACUGAAUUGAGUAUUCAUGAUGUCAAAACACAUGACCAAGAGCCUUCUGCGACAGAGUUUGGCCAAGUUGUGCUAAGACCCAAGGGGGCCAGGACAGGGAAUGUGAACCCUAAUGAAGACGGAGAAUCAACAACAAGUUCUCCCACUGAAGAAUACGCGACCACAGACAACAUUGCUUUCAUGAUUACCAAAACUGCAGUGCAGGUCCUUUCCAGUGGGGAGGUCCAAGAUAUAGUGAGCAAAAAGGGAGAAGACGUACAGACAGUUAACAUUGAUGCCAAGAAGGACCCGACUUCACAGCAAGAAGGUACUGAGAAUGAAGAGCCGGUCGUGUGCCUGGACAAGAAACCAGUGAUCAUCAUUUUUGAUGAACCCAUGGACAUUCGGUCUGCGUACAAGAGACUUUCAACCAUAUUUGAGGAAUGUGAUGAGGAAUUAGAGAGAAUGAUGACAGAGGAAAAGAUAGAGGAAGAAGAAGAGGAGGAAAACGGAGAUCUUGUGGUCCAGAAUAGCACUUCCCAGAAGUCCCGUGAGACGAUAGCCUCAAGCAGCCGCGGAUCAGGAGAGCAGGCUGAGAGAAAAUUACAGCCACCCGUCCCUUCAGCAGAGACCAGAAUCCCAGGAGGACAGGACAUGAAUAAAACCGAGCCGGGCAAGAGCCGCAAAGCAGAGUCUCCAAGUUCAGAAGGCAAGUGUGAUAUGACAGAGGACCAGUUUGAAAGCCCCAAGAAAAAGUUUAAAUUCAAAUUCCCUAAAAAGCAGCUCGCUGCCCUGACGCAAGCGAUUCGCACAGGAACCAAGACAGGCAAGAAGACUCUGCAGGUGGUGGUCUACGAAGAGGAGGAGGAGGACGGCACCCUGAAGCAGCACAAAGAAGCCAAGAGAUUCGAAAUUGCUAGGUCUCCACAACCUGAGGACGCCUCUAGAAGUGUGCUUCGGAGGCAAGAGCAGCCCAGUCCAGAGAGCACAUCGGCAGCUUCAAGGACAGAUGAAAUCAGGAAAAACACCUACAAGACUCUGGACAGCCUGGAGCAGACCAUCAAGCAGCUUGAAAACACAAUCAGUGAAAUGAGUCCAAAGGUCCUAGGAGAUACCUCAUGUUCCUCCAACAAAGAUUCUGUUGCAAGCUCGUCCCACGUAGCCUGGGAGGCCUCUCCCCGAUCCUUGCUAGUUCUGGACGAAGCUAGUUCUGCCCUAGAGCCCCCCUCAUCAAUACCUUCAGCUUCACGUAAGGGCUCCGGUGGGACCCCACAGACCAGCAGGAUGCCCGUCCCCAUGGGUUCCAAGAACAGACCUGGGAACCUGGACAAACCCAGCAAGCAGUCCAAGCUGCAGGACCCCCGCCAAUAUCGUCAGGCUAAUGGAAGUGCUAAGAAAGCUGGUGGGGAUUGUAAGCCUACUUUCCCCUCCUUACCUGCUUCUAAGAUUCCAGCCCUUUCUCCCAGCUCUGGGAAAAGCAGUUCUCUGCCCGCUUCUAGUGGUGACAGCUUUAACUCCCCUAAUCCACCUACUACUAAACCAUCAGUUACUUCUAACCCUCUCAGCCCCCAAACAGGACGGUCUGCUCCCUCUGUCUCCCUCAUCCCCUCUGUCUCUAAUGGCUCCUUAAAGUUCCAGAGCCCCACUCACACAGGUAAAAGCCACCAUCUUUCAUUCUCACUGCAGACUCAAAAUGGCCGAGCAGCCCCUCCUUCCUCUCCCUCCUCCCCCCCCUCUCCCGCCUCCCCCACUUUACUGAAUCAAGGUGCCAAGAGCAUCAGGACCAUCCACACGCCUGGCCUCGCCAGCUACAAGGCACAGAACGGAAGUUCCAGCAAAGCCACCCCAACCACAGCAAAGGACACCUCUUAAGGCCAAACCCUGUUAGAGUAAAAUUUUUUUCAAAGAAAAUUUCUGUCUUCAACAACUGUGUUCACAAGAAAAUGUAACAUAUUGCUGUAUUGUUCGAGGCUUAACCCUAAGUAUGUGCAAAAUACUGGAUUACAGACUUCACGAAAGCUUGUUUGUUGUUUUGUUGUUUUUUUUUUUUACGUUGUUGAGGUUGUAAUUACGUAGUGUUUCAGACUAUAGUCAAUACCUGUUCAGUGAAGUGAGCAUGUGUUACCAAAAGAGAAGGACCAUGGCAGAGAGGGGAGCAUUUGCGAGGCAGGAAAAAAUGGACUGAGCAUGUAAAACAUGUAUGAUUCCAGAAUUUUAGUAUGUUUUGUAUAAAAAUAUUUUUCAUUACGGAGACUAGAAGUGAACAGAGAAAUACACAAGUGUGACUAUACAAAUUGUAAAACAGAUUCUAUAAUAUUUCCUUUUAUUUUAGUGUUAUUUAGCUUUAUUACAGAUUUCUAUUUUUGUCAAAACUUCAUUGUUCCUUUCAAGAUCUUUUUUGCCGAGACAUUUUUGAUACUAUAGCAUUGUACAUUUGAGAGUAGUGUGCUAGACGAAAAGCCAAGGAAACUUCUACCCAGCUGCCCAGGCGCAAGUAGAAGGCAAUUUAUCAAGCCGAUUGCACUGCCAUAAAAAUUAUGUAUAAUAAUUUGCCGGCCCAAGCAGGUUUAUUUUCUUUGCUCUUUCUCUCGCUCUUGUUUUCUUUUUUUGCCAUAUUGGGAUUCUCUGGUUGUGUUCUUUGCAGCAUCGAAUCCUUAUUUUCUGCAACCUGGUGACCCACACUAUUGCAUUGUGGAUUUUACAAUGUACACUUCUGUACGGUUCUGUAAACUGAUAAACUUUUGUAAAUAUAUAAAUAAACAUAAAAAUACUGUAUGUGACAGCACACAGAGUAGUUUUCCCACACCAAAGUUAAUUUUUAUGCAUGCUUUAAAGAAUAUAUAUUGGGAUGGGCAGACAUGGGACUAUCCAUACAUUUUUAAAAAGCAACCGGUUUGCACAGCUAGAGUGUUUUUUGUAAAUAAAUGUAUUUGUAUAACACAGUCAUGUAAUAUACAAAAAUAUAAGCAGAGACUUUGCAAAACAAAAUAAAGGGCUGCAUGCUUAUUAUUUUUUGUACUUUGUCACUAUAAUUACUUCCUAGUCAAAGAACAAAAUGUAUUACCAACAUAAAUGGUUUGGGCUUUGCGGGCAUUAUAAUAAACAACAUGUAACAGGCACAAACUGGUUUCCUGAAUGCUCUGGGGUGAUGAAUUUGUGAUCGAUUCAUUCAGGGUGGUGCCUUCUGCUCUCUUCUCUGUGGCUUAGAACGAUUUGGCUAAGCAAAAGCAGCCUAAAUACAGUGUUUCCGCCCUCGCUUAGCAGAGGGUUUCUUGUUAUGUUCUCUAUCUUUUUUGUUCAUUUCCAAUAAAAGUAAAGUAGAAAU